UCCAUACCCAAAACUCAAUAUAAAAACUCCUCUUCAUGGUCAUACGCUCCUCAUCUCUCUUCACAAUACUUUUGUUUUUCAUUUGAGAGACUUUCUAUAUAUAUAUAUAUAAUACAUAUGUAUAUGUAGUUGUAGUUGUCACUUUUUCAAUAUCCCAUUUCAUCAUCUUUGUUACAACAAUGCAAUCUCCAACUUCCGUCAACAAGUUCACCGAAAUCAAACAAAAAUCUCGAUUUUUAUCGGAUAAUUUCAUUUGGAGUCUAUGCAAAGUAUUGGCUGUUUCAGGAAUCCUAGUCUACUUGGUCUUCCUAACUGCUUCAAACAAUUCCAUCUGUCCAGAUUCCAACUUCUUCUUCAAAUUUUCACCUUCCAAGGCCAUUUACAUUAAUGACAACUCUCCCACUAAUGUCUCCCACCUUGUUUUCGGACUCGUAAGUUCUGUCAAAUCUUGGAAACCCAGAAAACCUUACAUCGAUUCGUGGUGGCGACCCAACGUGACACGUGGCUAUCUCUUCCUCGACAGAGGCAACAUGGAUGAGUUCCUCCCAUGGCCUAAAACUUCUCCUCCUCUUCGGAUCUCUGAUGACUGCUCUAAGUUAGAGAAAGAAUCGAAGCACGUUGCGCCAAUCAUGAUUCGCAUGGUGCUUGCGAUUUUGGAGACUUUUAGAGAAGGUGACGAUGGAGCGAGGUGGUAUAUUAUGGGGUUCGAUGACUCCAUUUUUUUUGUGGAUAACUGGGUUGAUGUUUUGAACAAGUAUGAUCAUAGUAAGUAUUACUAUAUCGGGGCUUAUUCGGAGACUGUUAUGUCGAAUAUGUGGUACUCGUUCGAUCAGGCUUUUGGUGGAGGUGGAUUUGCUUUGAGUUAUCCUUUAGCAGCAGCUAUUGUGAAAGAUUUGAAAGGGUGUAUUAAGAGAUACCCAUAUGUGAUUUCACAUGAUACAAUUGUGCAGUAUUGUGUCGAUGAGUUGGGAGUUUCUCUUACCGUUGAGAAAGGUGUUCAUCAGAUUGAUCUACUUGGAGAUAUAUCAGGAUUUUUAUCAUCCCACCCACAGUCUCCUUUACUUUCCCUGCACCAUUUGGAUUUUGUACAACCUAUAUUCCCCUCCAAGGACAGUCUCCAAUCUACGGACCACCUCAUGAAAGCUGCAAAUGUUGACCAGUCACGUUUACUGCAACAAACUGUGUGCUACCACAAAAACAGAAAAUGGUCUAUCUCUAUCUCGUGGGGAUACUCAGUCUAUAUUUACGAUGCAAUUCUCCCUCGUACCCAGUUAAAGAGACCCCUCGAGACGUUUAAUGCAUGGGCUAGGGAUGCACAACCACCAAAAUACAUGUUUAACGUUAGGGGAACAUGUGAUUAUCCUCCUGUUGUGUUCUUCUUUGAAUCCAUUGAGAAUUCCUCAUCAGGAAACCAAAUUGUCACCACCUAUCUCAGAUCAUCACCACCUGCCUACAAUUGUUCAUCCAAGCCAAGUCAUUCUGCAGAUCAUAUAUCCAAAAUUCAGGUCUUCUCACCAACAACAAAGUUCAUGGAGAUUCAAAGAAGCGAAUGCGGUGACAUUGAAAAAGUGGGCACAAACAUUGUAGAGGUCAAAUUAAGGCGUUGCAGGGAUGAUGAGAUAAUUGGUUAAACGAAAUGUAGCAUUAUACAUUUGUAAAUUUUUUUUGAGCAAAUUAAACUUGUUAUUUAAUGAGUUUUUAUUUUUUAUUUUAUUUUUUUUGAUAAUUUGGUUAUUACAGUUUAAUUAUAUCAAUUUGUUUCUUUAA